ACAAGUGUUGAAGGGGCGGAUAGUUUGGAUUUUCUCUACAUCGCGCUCAGCCAAUAAUGUGGAGGGAACUGCACAUCUCAGCUGGCAGACAUUUAAAAAGGAGACAGUCCGGCGCUGAAGCAAUUUGUAUUAAAGCCUCCAGCCCCUGUCUAUGGAAGAGUCAGCCUCCCACCCUUCUCGAAUCACUGCUGUGCGUCCUAGUUGUGUGUAUUACGGUCAACGUUAUUAGGACAAUUUCAUUUGGGGAGUUAUCUUUGAAGCCCUGAAGGGAUCCCCUCAGAGAAGACAUUUCAAGGUUUAGUCUGCACAGGAUGGCCGGCUCCACGCGUCUCCUCUGUGGCAUGAUUCUCAUCUGGGGCUGCAUGCUGUCCUGCUCUCCCGUGGACUCCAAACGAAACCGAGGCUCGCAGGGCGCCAUUCCUCAUCCCGACAAAUACAACCCAAACGAAUCGGAGCAGCAACCGCAGCCACCAGCACCACCACAGGCGGGCUCCGGUUCCCGACGGAGGCAGGGCUCAUCGUCCGCACCAGCCGCCGAGGAGGUGCUGGAGUCCAGCCAGGAGGCUCUGCAUGUGACGGAGCGCCGCUAUCUGAAGCGCGACUGGUGCAAGACGCAGCCCCUCAAGCAAACCAUCCACGAGGAGGGCUGCGUCAGCCGGACCAUCAUCAACCGGUUCUGCUACGGACAGUGCAACUCCUUCUACAUCCCCCGGCACGUGCGCAGGGAAGAGGGGGCUUUCCAGUCGUGCUCCUUUUGUAAGCCCAAGCGAUUCACCACCAUGACGUUGACUUUGAACUGUCCGGACCAGCAGCCUUCCACCAAGAAGAAGCGCAUCCAGCGCGUCAAACAGUGUCGCUGUUUGUCGAUCGAAUCGUUGGACUAAAACGGAAUGAACCGUAUGUGAUGAUUGCUACAACCUUAGACGUAUUAACGUUCAUAUCUACGGGAUUGCUCAAAGGGAGUAAAAAAAAGAAAAGGUUAUCGUCAGCAGCACUAUACUUCCAUCCCUUCUCUGUUUGGAGAUAUGCUACGCGCGGGAUACGUGGUCUGCAAAAGUGUUGGCCUAGUACUACUAUUAUGUCCUUUAUACACAACGUGGAGAAACGCGGACAGUUUCUACUUCUUACACGGACUUUGAACGAACUGUAUCCAUCACAUCAUUUCCUCACCCUUUCGCGGUGGUACAGAAUUGGCCACACUGCAUGAAAACCUAGCCAUGGUAACCGGCACGUUUACGCACGACUUUAUAAGUAGGACUGCUUUACUGUAGGUUUAAUCAAGUUUAUUUUCUAUUUCAAAACAGAUUAAACAAUCCCAGUGGGUGAGAGGAACCCUUGUCUGAACAUCAAUGGGUAAAUGUAUGUAUGUAUCUCGUAGUUUCCACUAUGUGGAACAUGAUGGAUAAGUGGCGAUAGAAGGUCGGUCGGUUCAAGACUCGUGGAUUUCUGUGAAUAUCGAAGUCCUUUGAAUUUGUUGGAACUGGUGGACUACUCGAUUUGCUAAAGUAACCCGUAGACUUUAGUGUUAGUUAUAAAGAAAGCCUACUCGUACAAUUUGAUUGUACAAAUCUAUUGUAGCAACAGUGUGAGUACCCUAACUGUGAAGCCACUAUUAAUGUAAGCAGAAUGGUUUGGUUACUGGGAAAAAAUAAACGGCAAUGAUGGCAAUAA